UCGUCCUCGCCCUCCUCGCCCCUGCUGCCGGUCCCCGUUGUCCCCGCGGUCCGCUCCCGUCCUCCUCCUCCUCCUCCUCCUCCUCCUCCUCCGGGCGGCCCACCGAGACCCCGCCCGGGCCGCCGAGAUGGGCGACUACGAGAAGCAGGAGACGUGUGGCGCCGUCUGCCUCAAAUACCUGCUGUUCGUCUUCAACUGCUGCUUCUGGCUGGCAGGGCUGGGCGUGAUGGCCGUGGGCAUCUGGAUCGUGGCCCUCAAGAGCGACUACAUCAGCCUGCUGGCGUCCAACUUCUACACGGCCACCGCCUACCUCCUGGUGGUGGCCGGUGCCGUCGUCAUGGUGACGGGCAUCCUGGGCUGCUGUGCCACCUUCAAGGAACGCAGGAACCUUCUGAGACUGUAUUUUAUCCUGCUGCUCAUUAUCUUCCUCCUGGAAAUCCUGGCCGGGAUCCUCGCCUACGUCAGCCAUCAGCAGAUGAACGAGGAGCUGAAGAGCGGGCUGAAGUCCACAAUGACGGAGAAGUACCGGCAGCCGGGGGCUGCGGGGGUGACCAGCGCCGUGGACAAGCUGCAGCAGGAGUUCAAGUGCUGCGGCAGUAACAGUUCGGAGGACUGGAAGGACAGCCUCUGGAUCAAGUCCGGCGACGCCAACAACCGUAAAUUCCCCGACAGCUGUUGCAAGACCAUCGUGGACGGCUGCGGCCAGCGGGACCACGCCUCCAACAUCUACAAAGUGGAGGGCGGCUGCAUCACCAAGCUGGAGAUCUUUAUCCGGGAGCACCUGAAGAUCAUCGGGGCCGUGGGCAUCGGCGUGGCCUGCGUGCAGAUCUUCGGCAUGAUCUUCACCUGCUGUUUGUACAAGAGCCUGAAGCUUGAACACUACUAGACACCGCCCACCCCUCUCCCCGCCCACCCCUCCGGCGGAUCCCUCCCUCCCCACUCCCGCCGUUCUCCGCGACCUUGGGUCAGAUGUGGGGGGAUGACCACCAGUGAUGGGAGGCGGGGGUCCUCUCCCCCUUCCUCCUCCCCACCCCGGGCCUAGUGGUAGCACCAUUCCCGGGGGGGCAGGGACCAGGGGGCAGCUGGGGAUGGGGCGGGGGAGGAAGGGAAGGACAGAGCUAAGCUCUUGAUUGCUUCUUCCUGUUGUUGACACUGUAAAAUGGCCUAAGCCCAGACUACUGACCGGCCCGGCGGACGCGGGGGGAGGGGAAGGCCGCCGGGCCUUACCCCUCACGCUCCGCUGGACCGUGGACAUCCGGCCUCCUCACCGCCUCCCUUAACCAUCGUACCCCAGGUCUCCCCGUCCCCCCCAUCCCCUGCUCAGGUGCCUACUGUAACUUUCCACCCAUCCCCUGCCCCCCAAGAACCCACACCUCACACGCCUUUAGAAGAUUCACCUCGACUCCCUGCGCCUCGCGGCUGCGCGGUAGAGGAAAAAUUAUGGUAACGUGACUCUGGAAGACUUGGCGGGACGUGGGAGGUGGGGAGAGGAUGGCGGAGGCGGGAAAUCAUGCUAACGUGACUCGGGAAGACAUGCCGGGGGUCGGGGGAGACGACGGUGAAGCUGUGGGCCGGGAGAUUCCCUUCCCGGGUCCCGCUGGCCUCACGGCGAGGCCAGGAACACCAGGGAUAUCGCCGGCUUGGGUUAAACCAGCCCCCUUGCCACCCGCCCGUUUGGGGCGAUUAUCCAGCGGAGACCCUCCUCCCCACGGGUUCUUGGUCUCCUGGGGGUCCCCACCUUCGCCUUAUGGAUCCGGGUGGGCCUCUCCCCUUCCCCCAACUGUCCCGCAGGGCGGCCACACUCCUAAUGACCCCCAAGACCCCUCCCCGGUUUAAGUGCCUUGAGUCUCUGUCCACAAAGUUCGUGUGGGGGCCGCUGCCUCCGGCCUCCUCGGACUAUUUAUUUUUAUUUAAAAGGGAAAGCGGCCUGCUGAUCUGCUGGGGCGGGGGGCUCCCCCGACCCUCUCCCAUCUCCCCCCAAAACCCCGGGCCUGCCCACACCGCCUGCUUCUCCCACCGAGAACACGCGCACACCGAUUGUUUUCUGCUGUUUUGUUUUAUCCGUGUGCCUCGUACCCCGCCCCCAGCAUUAAAGCCCGCCUCUCCGGCCUGAAA